AGAACGGCGGGUGGAAAAUCGGCUCCGAGUACUACCCACGCAUUCGCUCGGGCACUAGCACGCACGAGUAUGACAGAUGAGAGCAGGGACCCGGGGUCGACCGCGGGCACCGCCGCGGAGCAUGCCGCGGGCGCACGACGCAGGCCGAGGCGCGGGUACACGAGCGGCAGGCUCGCUACGCUCCUCCGGCGGUGCGAGGGCGAUCGGCGUCAGGAGUGCAAGAGGGAGGACCCGACGUGCGACACCAGGUCGGCGGAUCACAGACUCAGAGGCGCGUCGAGCAGCGGGCUGUCAUUCCUCGACUUCGUGUGCAACGUCAAGAAGCACCUGCUGCUGAAGAAUCUCUGCAAGUCCAAGAAAAAGGGCAAAGAGACGGAAGCGACGAGCCCUUGCUCUGGCACGAAGCAGAACAAUGUUGCGUCUGUUAUUGAAUCGCUCAAUUCUUGUCAGAGACGAGAUCUUCCAAGUGACGAGCAGGCCUCGUCGGACAGACGACUCUUGCACGAAGCCAGAUUGAACAACGUACUUGACAACCCCUGCCGCGGUAUCGAAGAAAAUGUGGCAAACAUUAGCACGCAAUGCGGUACAACCGGCGCAAAUCCUCGUACAGUUCCUACAAGACAGCAAGACAAAUCGAUAGGCGACGCUGCGACCGUCAGCGAGGCGACAGGGACGCGACCUACCUAUUCUGAUGUAACGCUAGCAGUUUCCAGUGCGAUCGCGCAAGUCUCCGGCAGCGUAAACGAAACGUUAAACAACGAACAUAAAGUUAAAGCGAGCCUCGCGAAGGAGCUGCUUAAUCUAAGUAAAUACGGAUGGUAUUGGGGUCCCAUAUCGGGGGACGAAGCUGACGCCAAACUCAUAUCCGAGCCCGAUGGUGCAUUUCUGGUUCGGGAUUCGUCAGACGACAGGUACGUUCUAACACUCAGCUUCAAGUCAUCCGGAAAGAUGCUGCACGCGCGUAUGGAACACAGCGGCGGCCUAUUUUCCCUAUGCAAUCAAAGCGAGAACGAGGGCUUCACUUCGGUGGCCGCCCUGAUAAAUCACUCCAUGAACUUCAGCCAGUCCGCCGUGAUUUGUUACUCGAGGCCAAAAUAUCCGGGAUAUCCGUCGUUCCCGGUCAGAUUAACGAAACCAGUGAGCAGAUUCACGCAAGUAAGGAGUCUGCAAUACCUUUGUCGCUUUGUCAUCCGUCAGUAUAUUAGAUUAGAUAACAUACACAAGUUGCCUUUGCCAAAAACUAUCAAGGGAUACAUUCAAGAAGCGCAUUAUUAAGAACUGACAGAUAAAGAAGUAAAAUAACUGUUGAGAUUAAUGAAAUUAUUUUUAUCAAGAUGCAUAUUAAUAAAAAAAAAGAGUGGUGUAGAAUAGAGUUUUAUGAUAAAAUGGUAAUAAAAGUAUAUAAUGUAUGUGCUUACAUACACAUGCACAUAUAUGAGAAAUUGGUUUGUCCUCGGUAUGUGCGUUAUACUUGAUAAAAAAGUUUUUUUAAUAUUUUUCUCAAGUCGUGACGCAUCUACUACAUAUAUUAUUUAACGUGAA